AUGAGCAGCCCAUAUUCUGAAGUUGAAACAGAAGUUGGAAGGAGUGUUCCUGUGAAGUUUUACGCUAGCUCUCGCUGUCCAUAUGCUCAGAGAGUUUGGAUCGGACUGGAAGAGAAAGCCGUCGACUACCAAUGGGUUGAGGUGGAUUUGUACCGUAGCAACGGUGACGAAAGUUGUGGUCGCUGGCUGAUGCCGCUGGAGGAAUUGCGGCAGCGGUUUCCUGACUUCGUCGCUUGUUCGCCGCGAGGCCAGCUACCUGCUCUUGAUCAUUGCGGGGAGCAGAUUUAUGAUUCCAUUGUCGUUUUGGAGUAUGUGCACGAAGUUUUUGCGGGGCCACCUUUGUUGCCAAGCUCGCCAUAUUCUCGGGCCAAGGUGCGCUUGUGGAGCAAGCAUGUGGACUUGCAUAUUGUCCCCAACUAUGAGAGGCUGCUGGCUGCGCGCGACCCUGAGACGCGCAACAUGACGCGCGAGGAUUUGUUGCACGGGCUGGCUCAAUUUGAGGCAGCGAUGGCGCCAUUGGCAAAAGGUCCAUUUUUCCUUGGAGGUGAUUUCUGCAUGGCUGAUUUGGUCCUUGCGCCGUGGUGGCAACGAAUGUGCACAGUUCUCCGCGCCUACCGGAAGUUUGACCCCUCAGCAUUUUCACGGCUUCAAGUUUGGUUUGAGGCUGUUGAGGCAAGACCAUGUUUUGCCAAGACGGCCAUGGACCCGGAGAAGUUGAUUGAGGAGUUCUCAUUCUGCGCAGACCCUGACGUCGAGGAGGGUGUGCGCUUUCGGCGUGGCCUGCGACAUGGCAGGACACGUGCUUCCACCGACCGAGGCUCCCACGCGCGCUCUUCUUUGGGGACCAUGUCUGAGACCUCGAGCCAGCUCUAG